GUCUGGGCAUCCCAAUCCAAAUCUUUCAAAAGGCAAUUAUGGUAUCAGAGGGGAGAUAGAUCAUAGAUGAGAUGCCGAUCAAAGAAGAUUAUUAGGUAUCGAAGAACACAGUUCAUGUUACGAUUGGUGACCUAAGACUCAACUGAGUCGCUGUACUUCACCAUGAAAUGCUUCCCCGAUCACGAGAAACACGCUAGAAAAAACUAUUCCCUUCAGAAGUUGAUACUUGGGAUCAAAACCUCCGAGAAUGAACCUAAUUGCCAUACGCUGGCUCAAGUUCAGUUCAGUUUCCUCUUCAAGAUUCCAAUACUGAUGCUUUUCAUCAUGGAGCUGACCCCUCCGGGGGUUUGGGUGCUCCAACGUCAAGGGUUUGCCCAAAGGGGAAUCAAUCCUUCAAUUCUUGAUUUUGGAGAUAAGAUUUCUACAAAUUCAAGCAAACCCUUUUGAAUCCAUAGAGUCUUGAAGAUGGAGGACGAAAAGGACACGAAUCUUGAAAAGAAAGAGGAUGAAACAGGAGACAAGAUCGGUGAAGAAACACUAGUCAACAUAGACAUAGACAUAGACGACUCAAGGGGGGAAGAAUUUGAGAGAAUGGUUAAUGAAGAGUACAAAAUUUGGAAAAAAGAAACUCCAUUUUUGUACGAUUUGGUCAUUUCACGUGUACUUGAGUGGCCUUCACUCACUGUUGAAUGGCUUCCUGAUCAGGUAGAGUCGCCAGACGGGGAGUAUUCUGUCCAAAAGAUUAUCUGUGGGACCCACACUUUAGAUGAUGAACCUAAUUAUCUCAUUAUUGCACAAGUGAAGCUUCCUUUAUUUGAAGUGGAGUACGAUGAUUCUCAUGUUAAUGAGAAUGAACAUUCUGGACGCAAGAUUGAAUUUGUGCAACAAAUUUGUCAUGAAGGAGAGGUGCAUAGGGCUCGUUAUAUGCCUCAAAACAGUUGUGUAAUUGCCACAAAGACAAUUGAUUCAGGAGUUUAUGUUUUUGAUUAUGGGCAUCAUCCAAUGAAGCCUUGUCCUGAUGAACAAUUCAAUCCUGAUUUGAUAUUGAAAGGUCAUGAAAGCGAUGGAUUUGGGUUAUCAUGGAGUAAAUUCAAACAGGGUUUGUUGUUGAGUGGAUCUUAUGAUGAAAAAAUCUGCAUGUGGGACAUCAAUGGGACCCCACAUGAUCAUGCUUUGGAUCCAAUGCAAAUAUAUAAGGUUCAUAAUGGUCCUGUUGAAGAUGUAGCUUGGAGUUUGAAGCAUGACUAUUUAUUUGGUUCAUGUGGUGAUGACAAAUACUUGCAUAUAUUUGAUCUCCGUUCUCCAUGUUUCACCAAACCCAUCCAAACUUUAAUGGCUCACCAAAAUUUCAUUAACUGCUUGGCAUUCAAUCCUUUUAACGAAUGGAUACUGGCAACGGGGUCCGUAGACAAUACAGUGAAGCUGUUUGAUUUGCGAAAAUUCACAAGUCCUCUCCAUACAUUUAAUUUUCACUUGAAUGAGGUGAUUCAGGUUGGGUGGAGCCCCCAGAAUGAGACAAUUUUAGCUUCUUCUUGUGCUGGUAGGAGACUCCUGGUCUGGGAUCUUAGUAGGAUUGGGGAAGAACAAUCGUCACAGGAUGCAGAAGAUGGGCCACCAGAGCUGAUGUUCAUCCAUGGUGGACAUACAGAUAGAGUUGUAGAUUUGUCAUGGAAUCCAUGUGAAGAUUGGGUGAUUGCUAGUGUUGCUGAUGAUAACAUCCUCCAAGUAUGGCAGAUGGCUGAUCAUAUUUACAAUAAUGAGUAAUUAAAGCUGCUUAGUUUGGUUAUUAUAUAAAUAGUUGACUUUAGAUGUUGAUUUUCUGUUUGGAUGUUUAAUGGGAUGAUAUGAUGCUGCUAUAUAAGUUUGAGGUUGAAAUGAACAUAUUACAUAUGCUAUUAGAAUCGGUUUUAUGUUUUGGUUUUC